AUGCAGAUCUGGACGCCAUUCACUCUGGUCGCUUCUUUGGCGCUAGGCAGCAUCUUUAUGCCCAGUAUUCACGCAUUACCCGGCCCGAGCGUAGAAACGAAACAGGGCAUUGUCGCCGGCUUUCAAGAUGCAGCAGCACCAGGAGUCGCGCAGUUUUAUGGCAUUCCCUACGCUGAAGCGCCCAUCGGAGAGCGAAGAUGGCUUCCUGCCUCGCCCAAAGAGUCUUUCGGAACCUUGGAUGCGUCAGUGAGACGUCCGUCUUGUCCACAGACGGAUCCGCCUGGCACCGGAGGCGCGUGGGCUGCUGAGUUCUUGAUUCGGCCGAAUAGCACCAGCGAGGAUUGCUUGACACUUAAUAUAUGGACUCCGGUCAAUUCAUCCAAGGCUCUCCCGGUUGUUGUAUGGAUUCACGGCGGUGGAUUUGGUGCGGGAAGUAAUGAUAUUGCCUAUCAAACUCCCAUCCGAUGGGUUCAGAGAAGCCAGAAGCAUAUUGUUGUUGCCAUAAACUAUCGCGUCGGGCUUUGGGGUUUCCCAAACGCCGCAGGCCUUGAACAAACGCAACAGAAUCUAGGGCUUCUGGAUCAGCGAUUAGCCACGGAGUGGGUGCGAGAUAACAUUGCACAGUUUGGAGGUGACCCUGAGCACAUUAUUCUCUGGGGCCAGAGUGCUGGAGCCGGAUCAGUCUCGUACUAUCAAUACGCCUACCCCGACGAUCCCAUUGCCAUUGGCUUUAUCAAAAACUCGGGAUCACCCUUCAUCCCAAUCGGAAGUGACGAUGCAGUACACGGCAACUUCUCUUCCCUUGCAGCCGCAUUCGGAUGUCAAGAAGACGAGCUUGGCUGCUUGAGGGAGAUUCCCUUCCGGAAGAUACAAGAGUACCUCGAUCAAGCUGGCAAUUUGACAUUCAACGUUAUUGUGGACGAGAAGACCAAGUUUUCUGACUACGAGAACCGAACUUUGGACCGGAGAGUUGCUAAAGGUCCCUCAAUCGUUGGUUCGACUAGGGAUGAAUGGAACUUUGCCGGCAGCACUACCAUCCCUCCAACCAAUGGAUCCGACGUGGUUCCAGACAAUCUGUUCGGCUGCCCGGCGCAAUACGAGACCGGUCUGCGAAAUGUGGCUGGUCUCAAGACCUACCGCUACAUGUAUUCCUCCAACUUCACCAAUAUCAUGCCCGGAGGCCAGGGCGCAUUUCAUUCUGCAGAACUCCCGCUUAUCUUUGGAACACAUGAUAUUGCUCGUCAGAGUUCUACAGCGUUUGAGUAUGAAGUCAGCGAGGAGAUGCAGGACUUGUGGUUGUCAUUUGUACUCGAUCCUGAAGAUGGACCGGUUACUGAAGGUUGGGAAGCGACGCCGCUCGGAGGCCUUGAGACACUGCAAACAGGUAUUGACCUUGGGUACAAUGGCUCUGUUGUACAGCCGUUCUCUUGGAGUUCCUGGCAGACCGCAUGCGUCCACGGUGUUGUUGCCUGA